AUGAAUGCCGUGAAGCUUGAGACAUUUCCCAUUUCGAUAGUUGGAGAUGCACUUGAUUGGUUCAAUGAUCUUCCAGAGAAUUCAAUUACUACUUGGGACCAACUAAAGGAGGCUUUCAUUGGUGAGUUUUAUUCAGUUAGAACUCAAAGAAGGUUGGAAAAUAUGAUAAGGUCUUUCGAACAAGAUGAUGGAGAAGAUGUAGUGGAUACUUGGGUUCUUUUCAAGAAAAUGUUGAGAAAUUGUCCAGGCCACAAUUUGACUAGAGAACAAUAUGUGGAGCUUUUCUUUGAUGGGUUAGAUAAGAAGUCUAAACGAGAGUUAGGUUAUGCAUUUGGGGGUAGUUUGAAUAACAUUACACCUAAUGAAGGCUAUCGGAUCUUAGAAGGUAUGGCAAAGGAUAACUCAACUAUGGAUGAUGAAAGGUUCUUAAAUAAUGAAAGGAAGAUGAAGAAAGGUACAAGAGAAGGGAGAGUUGCAAGGGCUGAAGUUAGCGAUGACUCAGGGGUUAUUGGAGAGAUUCAGGCGCUCUCUGCGCGAAUGGAUAAGGGAUUCACUGCUCAAGAGGCUAGGUUUGGAGCACUUGAGAGGGAUGUUAAGGUCUUAGCAGAUGGGUGUGACCAUUGUGGUGAUACGCACUAUUCUGAUGAGUGUCCAAAUCCGGCACCCGAAGAUGUGAACUAUGUUCAGAAUCAACCCCAAGGGAGCUUCCAUCGCAACACUGGUUUCCAAAACCGAUCUUCAGGUAAUCCUUCUUAUAACUCUUCUUUUCAGACUAAUAAUACUCGUUUUUCAGGUAACAGGCGCCAAAGAGACAGUUAUCAGAAUCAACCUCAACAGCAGACUCAGCAAGGCCAAGGAUCAGGUUCUUCUUCUUUUUCUAAUACCGAUCCUAAUGUCGAGUUGAGGGAGAUGUAG